AUGGCUUUGCCGCGCCGACCUGAUGUUUGCCAAUCGCCCUGUGCUCUAUCAGUCACUGGUAGCAGCCGGGGCAGAAUGAAGUUCCUCCUGGGCGUGCUGCCCUGCGCAGCCUUGGCCGGCUUAAGCCAGCAUGGCAGUCCGGUCACCCGCGUCGUCAACAUGCUCAAGGAGCUGGACGGUCAACUGGAAGCCGAUGGUGAGGCUGAGAAGGACUUGUUUCAGAAGUACACUUGCUGGGCGGAAUCCACGGUGACCGAGAAGACGUCAGCCGUGGAGACGGCGAAGCAAAGAAUAUCAGCUCUGAGCACGUACAUUGCUGACGUUGAGGCAGGCAAGAUCACUUUUACUUCGGACAAAGAGGACUUGGAGCAGGAUCUGGCCCGCAUUCGCUCGGAGCUCACAAACAUCACUGCGGAAAGAGCAGAGGAGCACAAGACAUUUGAGGUGAACAAAGCCGAUAUGGAGAAGGCGAUCGCCGGCCUCAAAGAGGUGAUGACCAGCUUGAAGGCGACCAGCCUCGGGAAGAAGUCCGCCCUUUUGAGCCUCCGGGGAGGUGCAGUAGAACGUGUUGCGCAGGCUCAUCGACUGCAGGAGGGGCUUGCAGCCGGCGACAGGUACUUGUCCAAGAGCAACCGGCAAUUCCUGCACCGCCUCUUCACCGCCAAGGCAUUGUCCACGGAGUCCGGGGCGGUCCAGGCCCGUGGUGUGGUGGAACAGCUCGCAAAGGUCGAGUCCAGCAUCGAAGAUGACUUGAGCCAGGACGUGAAGAGUGAGGCAACUGCUGACGACAGCUUCAAGAAGAUGUCCACCCUGAAGGAAGAGGAGAAGGAGACCGCAGCCGCACUUUUGGCUAAGCUCGAGAAGGAGCAUGCCGCUCGAGGCCAGGCCAUUGCCAAUUCCAAGGAGGAGCUGGAGUCGCUGAAGGCGCAGGUGGAAGCCGAUGAGAAGCUGAUCCCUGAAGUGCAGACGGCGCUGGAGGACAAGAAGUCCCAGUUCGACGAGCGAUCCUCCUACCGCUUGGGUGAGCUCAAGGCGAUCGGCGAGGCUGUCUCCAUGCUGACGGAUGACGCGAACCGCGAUUUGUUCGCCUCCUCCUUCAGCUUUUUGCAGCUUUCCUCUGUCAGCGCCAGCGCUAGAAAGGCCUUGUCCACUGCGUACAAGGCCUCGCAGGACCAGCGGGUCUUUGCCCUCGACAUGCUGCUCCGUACGCAGGAUGCGUCAGAGGGUGGCUUUGACCAGGUAGUCGCGAAAAUCGAAGACAUGAUCACCUUGCUGAAGAAAGAGGAUGCAGAUGAGCUGAAGAAGAAGGACAGUUGCCUGGCCAACAAGAAGACUGACGAGGCGAGCAAGAAGGCAUCCGAGAGGUCCCUUGAGGAUCUCGAGACCAGCAUCUCUUUCAGCAAGGGCAAGCUGGAGGAGAUUGCAAACCAGAUGCAGGUGAAGAAGGACGAGAUUGCAGCUGUGGAGUCACAACUGGCUAAGGCAUUGGAAGUGCGCGAUGCAGAGAAAGCGGAAUUUACGAAGGCCGCGAAUGAAGACAAGGCGGCCAUUGAGCUCCUGAAGCAGGCUGGCAAGAAGAUCAGCGACUUCUACGCCAGCAAAGCCAGCCUGGCUCAGAAGACAGCCGCUGAGCUCAGCGGUGCUCCGAAGACUUGGGAGGGCGCCUAUGGUGGAGCUGGUUCACAGAGCACAGGUGUGGUGCACACCAUGGAAGUUCUGGCUGGAGACCUCCAGAAGGAGAUGGAAGUGGGCGCCAAAGAAGAAGCGGAGGCGGAAGCCUUGUACAAGGACGCGAAAGCAGACCUGGAAUCGCAGAAGAGCGGCUUGGAGUCAGCUCUUGACCAGUUGGCGAAGGAGAAGGGCGAAGCCGAGUCUGCCAAGGAGGAUGCCGCUGGUGACAAGAAGAUGCAAUCGGAGACCAUCGCGGCACUGGUGCAAAAGAUGAAAGACGUUGAGCCAGAAUGCGACUAUUACGUGGCCAACUUCGAGAAGAGGAGCGCCAACCGCAUGACCGAGGUCAAAGGCCUGGCGCAGGCCAAAGCAAUCCUGGAGGGCAGCCUUGCAUGAGCGCGGCGCGCUUGUGACAGCUGUGAGCAAAAAUAAACGACGAGGCUCCGCAAAACACUCCACAAAGACCAACAAAGGGUAGGGUUGUAAGAUUACUG